CUAAAUGAAAUAAAUGGGUUUUCAUUUAAUAAUAGCAAAGAUAUUGAACCAGAAAUAGAAAACAAUAUAAUAGAUAAGAUAACAAAUAGGUUAGAAUUUAGUUAUAGUGAAGAAAUAAAUAAUGAAGAUAAUGAAAUGAACUAUGAAAUAGAUAAAGAUAUUGAAGUAGAUGAAAUAAAAGAAACAAACAGGCUAGAAAUUAGUUAUAGUAAAGAAAUCAACAAUGAAACUAAUGAAAUAGAUGAAAUAGAUGAAGCAAAUAAUGAUAAUAUUGAGAUAAAUGAAAUAAAUAAUAAAGAUGCUAUAGAUGAGAUAGGUGAACCAGAGAAUUUGUCAGAUUUAUAUGCGAGUGAAAUACUUCGUUUUUCAAAAAAAAUAGCAUAUAAUAAUAUUAUUUUACCUACCUCAAUACAACAAGAGAAGCAGUGUUUAGACAAAAUUAUAGUGCAACAUAUUUCUUUUAAGAAAGUACCUAUAGUAGAAUAUGAAGAUGAAAUAUACUAUCUUAAUUAUCAUCUAAUUUUUAAUGCUAUUAAAGAAUUGUUAAACAAUGAAAAUAUACUUAAUUAUUGUAUCUUUGAGUUUACACCAUUGUACUACCAAGGGCAAUGGAUAUAUUAUGAACAAUUUAAUGAAAAAUGGUGA